AAUGGAAGAAAGAAUAAUUCAAUUUGCACCAUUUUUAGCUAGCAGAGCUAAUGAAAUAGCAUCAUUGUAAAAUAAUCUAAAAAGCAAAUAUCUUAAUUCUACUGCUCAGCCAUUCUAAGUGAUCCAUAAACAUAUGAGAAGAAGGGCAAUGUCACAUAAUCGAUAUCGAAUACCUAGUUAAGUAUAAUUUUAUUAUAUCUUAAUAGUUAAGAAAGCAAAUGCAUGGUCCAGGAUUAGAAGAAAGAGAUUUAAAAUAAAAAAUUCCAAAAUGCCGUAAACAUUUGAGAAAAAGAAAAGAUUUGAUAUUUAUGAAUAGAUCAAAUAAAAUUUAAUGGAUGGAAACGCAUCUAUAUUAAGUUAAGAGGAUGAAGAUGAUUAAUUAUUGUGGAUUUAAAGUACCUGAAAAAGCAAAUGAAAAAAAUUUCAGAGCAGUUCAUAGAUAUUUUGAUCAUGGUAGUAUGAUUUUUGAUGCUUCUUACUAUCAAAUUAUCGAAGGAAAUAUUGAAAAUGAAUUAGUAAUUGAUGAUCAUACUAUAAUUCAUCCUUAAGAACUAACAGAUACUGAUUUUGUUGUCCAUAAUAAUAAGUUUAAUAUUUUUUAGAUAAUUGGAAAAGAGUCAUUAUAAAUUAUCAAUGCUUUUUUAAAUAUUUUUAAUUGUUCUAUAGAUGGAGAAACUCAUAAAUAUUUUUGCUUUAAUUAUUAAUUUGAGAAGAUCUAGAGUGUUACAGCAUAAAAAGGAAGAAAAAUCAAAACUCUUGCUGAUUAUGAUGAAGAAAUGAAAGAUAUGAAAGAGAUAUAUGAAAAUAAAGGUGACGAAGAUAUCAAUAGAUCUGUAUGGUAGAUUGAUUAAAAUCAAUUUAUCAAGAGAUUUAAAAUUGAUACAAGAAAUCGAUAUACACAUUAAAGAACAAAGAAAAAAAUUUAUCAAGCUUUGUUAGAGAUUAGAUAAAAAGAAUAAUAAUAAAAAAAAUAAGAGCAAUAAAAAUAAGAUUAGUAAAAUUAAGUUGAUCCAAUGAAAAAAAAAAAAGCUAUGAGAUGGCUAUUGAAUUAAAUGGAUAAAAAUGAAAAUGAUAUUAGCGUUGAGCUAUAUGAUUAAAAUGAAAAUGAGAAGAUAGUAGAGAAAGAAAUUUAAAUAGAAUAAUCUGAGAUCUUAUUAAGCUAAAAUGACUAAAAUUUAAACAGAAUUCAAUAAAAUUCUAAUAUAAAACCUAAAGAUAUUGAACUAAAAUUAUUAAUUAUACCUCCAUCUAAAUAGCUAAAGAAAUAAAUUGAUAUUGGAUAUAAAUUAGUAAUAAAUUUAGGAGGAGGAUUAAUAAUAUGGAGAUUGUUUAAUUAAUUAAAAUUGAAACCUAUUGGUUUACGAGACAUUCGUCAAAUAUGUUUGGAGAAUAAUUUAUUAUUUAAUGAAUAUGAAAAUGAAGAUCUUAUUGAUAACUAUUUAAAAAGCACAAAUAAACUUAAUUAUUUAGCUUUAUAAUUUCCUUACCCAUUUUCAUUUGAUUUUUCAUUAUAUCCAUCAUGGUGUAAUUGUAUUUUAGUUGCAUAUAAGAAUGUUCCUAAAAAAUAAGCUUUAAUCCUUUAGCCCUCUGAAGAAGAUUUUGAGCUUUUAAGAAACAAAUAAUAUAAAAUAAAAAUAGAAAGAACUGAGGAUGAAAAACCCAAAUUAAGAAAUAGAGUAGAAGUUAUCCAAUUCGAAAAAAGAUUAUCAGAAAUAAAGUAGAAACGCAAAAUAUUGGGUUAAAUAUUUUUUGGGAACAUAUCCUUACAACAUGGCAAAGGAGUUGGUCAAGGUAAAAUUGAUGGAUCAUUUAUUGGUAAAGAAAUAAUAGUGCUUUUUCGUAAUCAUGAUUCAGAAUAUUGUUUUUUUGCAGAUUGUAAAGUAAAUACUAUUUGA